AUGAAUACGUCUCCUGCGACAUCGUUCGGCUCCGGCGAUACCUUCCUACACGCAAAUCUACUGCUCGACAGCGUGAGCGUUGACAUCUUCGCGAAGGUGAAGCAGGAAGUCGAGUGGUGCGUCAUGCACCAUCGCGGCGGGGAGGUCCCUAGACUUGUUGCAGUACAAGGAAACGUAGCGGAAGAUGGCAGUUAUCCUGUCUAUCGCCAUCCCUCCGACGAGUCUCCUGCCUUAUUACCCUUCUCUCCAACUGUGCAACUCAUCCGAGAACAUGUUGAACGCGCGGUCCAGCAUCCGGUCAACCACGUUCUCAUCCAACUCUACCGCGGAGGCACCGAUUACAUCUCAGAGCAUUCGGACAAGACCGUCGACAUCGCUCCCAACACGUACAUCGUCAACGUGAGCCUUGGCGCUGAACGAGUCAUGACACUGCGCACGAAGAAGGACGCCCUUGAAGACGGCGCGGAACGUCAAAAGCAGCGAAUACCUCUACCGCACAACUCGUUGCUCGCUUUCGGACUCGAGACGAAUCGUCGGUGGCUGCAUGCGGUCAAUGCAGACAAGCGCCCCUUGAGUCUCAAAUCAUCCACAGAGCUUGCAGAGGACGGCGAGCGCAUCAGCUUGACAUUCCGGAGCAUACACACUUUCAUGUCCGCGGACCACAAACUGAUCUGGGGAGAGGGGGCGCGAGGGAAGGGGCGUGAAGAUGCACGGCCGGUUGUACGCGGUGGACCAGAGGCAGAUGCUCUGCUAGCGGCUUUUGGCAAGGAGAACCAUAGCAGCAGUUUCGAUUGGGGUGAGGUAUAUGGCCAAGGUUUUGACGUCCUGCACUUCCGUUCGCUAAACUCGGAGGCACGACUACCUUGA